AUGGCGAUAAGAUCGAGAAGACUGGUUAAAGACAAAAGAAAAAUGGCGAAUGUUCAUCUAAACAUCCAAAAUUAUUUCAAGUUUUUCAUUAUUAUUUUUUUAAAUAAUAAAUUUAAUUCAUUCUGUUUCGUUUUACUUACAGCCGAGUGGAGUUACGAUGGAUCGUAUGGGGAUGGUCCCAACGAUUGGCCGGGACUAUGUCAAAGUGGUACCGAGCAAUCGCCCAUUAAUAUAGAUUGCAGUUAUGUCGUAGUAAAUGAAAAUCUGGACUGUUUCGAUUUUUCUGAUUAUAACAAAAGGUUACGAUCGGUAAAAAUCGAAAAUUCGAAUGGAAAAACGAUCAAAGUGACACCUAACGAUGACAUUAAAUUAUCUGGCGGAAGUUUGCCCGGAACUUUUAAACUCGAAGAGUUUCAUUUUCAUUGGAGAGCGGAACAUUCUUAUUAUGGCGGAUUUAAUCCAUUGGAACUUCACUUCGUUCACAAGAAUGAGAAAUAUUCCACUUUGCAAGAAGCUUUACAAUACAGAGACGGUGUAGCAGUUAUUGCAGUAUUUUUCGAGGUAUUUAUUUAUUUUUUCUACAAUAUCGAAUGCAUUUUCGAAACUUUCCUCGUUUAUUUUCGGAUUCAAUGA